AUGGACAAUGCAAAUGGCACCACUUCCUGUAUCCAAAACUCACAUUCUUCUUCCGUUAUUGCGAGCCCUGACGCAACCUUAGGGCGCCAUUUAGCCCGAAGGUUACUUGAAAUUGGCGUUGAGGAUGUUUUCUCAGUGCCUGGUGAUUUCAACCUCACACUUCUUGAUCACCUAAUUGCUGAGCCAAGGCUUAAGAAUGUUGGUUGUUGCAAUGAGCUUAAUGCUGGAUAUGCUGCUGACGGGUAUGCGAGAUCUCGAGGCGUUGGUGCGUGUGUUGUCACGUUCACUGUGGGUGGGCUUAGUGUGAUUAAUGCUAUUGCUGGUGCUUAUAGUGAGAAUCUUCCUAUUAUCUGCAUUGUUGGAGGUCCUAAUACUAAUGACUAUGGAACUAAUAGAAUACUGCACCAUACUAUUGGAUUGCCUGAUUUCAGCCAAGAACUUAGGUGUUUUCAGACUGUUACAUGUUAUCAAGCUGUGAUAAAUAACUUGGAGGAUGCACUUGAACAAAUUGAUAGAGCAAUUUCUACUGCUCUAAUAGAAAGAAAGCCAGUAUAUAUUAGUAUCAGUUGCAAUUUGCCAGCCACCCCUCAUCCAACAUUCAGCAGGGAUCCCAUUCCAUUUUUUCUAUCACCUAGGCUAAGUAGCAAGAAGGGGUUGGAAGCUGCAGUGGAUGCAGCAGUGGCCUUUCUAAGCAAGGCAGUAAAACCAGUCAUGAUUGGAGGGCCAAAGCUAAGAGUAGCUAAAGCUUGUGAUGCUUUUGCUGAACUUGCUGAUUCUUCUGGUUAUGCCAUGGCAAUGAUGCCAUCAGCAAAAGGGCUAGUAGCAGAACAACACCCUCACUUCAUUGGCACUUACUGGGGUGCGGUAGGCACAUCCUAUUGCGCGGAAAUCGUUGAAUCAGCUGAUGCUUACUUGUUUGCUGGUCCGGUUUUUAAUGAUUACAGCUCUGUUGGGUACUCACUUUUGAUCAAGAGAGAAAAGGCGUUAAUCGUGCAGCCUGAUAGAGUUGUAAUUGGAAAUGGACCAGCAUUUGGUUGUGUCCUAAUGAAAGAUUUCCUAUCUGAACUAGCAAAGAAAGUAAAGAAAAACGAAACUGCUUAUGAUAACUAUCGUCGGAUCUUUGUUCCUGAAGGAACUCCUCCAAAGCCGGAGCCUAACGAACCUCUAAGAGUCAAUGUUCUGUUCCAACAUGUACAGAAGAUGCUUUCAGCUGAUACAGCUGUGAUUGCUGAGACAGGGGAUUCUUGGUUCAAUUGCCAGAAGCUUAAGUUACCAGAAGGAUGUGGGUAUGUGACUAAUAAAAGCUUAACAGCCUGGUAUCCAUUUUAUUUUGAGUCAUUAGACGUAAAAAGUUCGUGUUGCAGGUAUCAAUUCCAGAUGCAAUAUGGCUCCAUUGGUUGGUCUGUUGGUGCUACUUUGGGCUACGCACAAUCUGUACCCAAAAAACGUGUCAUAUCUUUCAUCGGUGAUGGAAGUUUUCAGGUUACUGCACAAGACGUGUCAACAAUGAUUCGUUGUGACCAAAAACCUAUCAUUUUCUUGAUUAAUAAUGGUGGUUACACCAUUGAGGUUGAAAUCCACGAUGGGCCUUAUAAUGUGAUCAAGAACUGGAACUACACUGGUUUGGUGGAUGCACUUCACAAUGGUGAAGGCAAUUGCUGGACCCAAAAGGUAAGGACGGAAGAGGAGCUGACAGAAGCAAUCGCAACUGCAACUGGAGAGAAGAAAGAUUGCUUAUGUUUCAUUGAAGUUAUUGUUCACAGGGAUGAUACUAGCAAAGAAUUACUUGAAUGGGGAUCUAGAGUCUGUUCUGCCAAUGGACGUCCACCAAACCCUCAAUGAGUCUGCUAGAUUA